AAAAAAAUCUCUCUCGCUCACUCAGUCUCUGUCUCUUCUGGGUUUUAGCCUUUGGGAAUUGGGAUGGCUCUGAGCUUUUCCUGCAACUCUACAAUCUUCCCUCAGCAUCAAGUGAGAGUGAGUCCUAAGAGCAACAAAUGCCUUGACAAUGUUAGAAACCUCGUCAAAACAGUUGGGAUUCCUUCAGUUACGUCUUCUCCGCUUGAAUCUCUCCGAAAGGGCAACUGGGUCAAGCUCAUAUGCGGUGCAAGCUUCGAGGAUAUUGUUGAUAUCAGGAAUCUUUCCCUGGUCUACACUCUUGCUGGAGUGGAUUGCAUUGACUGUGCUGCCGAUGCAGCAGUGGUGAGUGCGGUGAAUGAUGGAAUUGAAGCUGCUAGAGGGAUCGUGGGCCUAAGAAGACCUUGGGUAAUGAUCAGUGUCAAUGAUGACGAUGACCUUCACUUCCGGAAGGCUGAAUUUGAUCCAGAGGAUUGUCCGCUUGACUGUUCAAGGCCUUGUGAAGUUGUUUGUCCUGCUAGUGCAAUAUUGCUUACAGAAAGAAACUCAACAGUAGAAGUUUCGUGUGGUACCAAUACACCUGGAGUUGAGGAGGGAGUUAUAACUGAACGCUGUUAUGGCUGUGGUCGUUGCUUUCCAGUUUGCCCCUAUGAUAAAAUAAGGUUGGUUUCAUAUAUAAGAGAUACUACUGCUACCGCUGAUCUUAUUAAAAGAAAUGGCAUCGAUGCUUUGGAGGUCCAUACAAGUGGAAGGCAGACUGCUCUUUUUAAGGAACUUUGGGAUGGUUUGGGAGAUUCAAUUGCAUGUCUUAGACUAGUAGCAGUUAGCUUACCUGAUGUUGGGGAUUCAACUAUAUCUUCGAUGAACACAAUGUACUCUAUUAUGCAAUCUCAUCUCAAUUGCUUCAAUUUAUGGCAGUUGGAUGGUCGCCCCAUGAGUGGAGAUAUUGGACGAGGUGCCACAAGGGAAUCAAUUAAUUUCGCCGUUCAAUUGGCUGCUGUGAAAGAUAGGCCUCCUGGUUUUCUUCAAUUGGCAGGCGGGACCAAUGCUCACACAGUUGAUGGGUUGAAGAAAUUGGGACUUUUUCAAACAACAUCCUUUGCUAAGAACUCAAAGGAUGAAAAACUAACAGCCAGUUCGCCUAGUUCAUUGCAUGCUUUAAUCGGUGGCAUAGCUUACGGUGGCUAUGCAAGGAAGAUUGUUGGAAGGGUCUUGACUUCCAUCCAAUCCCAGCACGGUGCUACUCAUAUUGAGGAUUACCCAGAGCAUCUCUUGGAGGCACUUAGUGAAGCCCUUGCUUUAGUUGGAACUGUCAAAUGUUAUGAUCCAUUCUAACACUCACCAGUGAUGUUGAACCACUCCAAAUUUUGGGCAGUUGAACUCUCAGAAGGCUUAACAGCGUUCCAAGUACCAAAGAACGGCUGCACAACUGUGGAAAGUCUAUUAGCUCCGUUUUGUCUUGUUUGUGGCAGCAACAGGGGGCCAGUAUUAUUCAAUCCUUGAUGAAGUUUCAAACGCUGUUCUUGCAUGGUAGCGCACUGGGGUAAGAUGUUUAGUGACUUUAUAAGACUGAACAAGAAAUGAUUCGAGUGCGUUUGUAUGACUUUUUGAAAAGUGUUUUCAGUGUUUGAAAACUGAAGUGAUCUGUUGGGUCCAUAUAUGAAAAUUUGUUUAGAUAAAUUGUGUUUGAAAA